GUUCUUUCCAGGGUGUGAUGGUCGGUAUGGGACAGAAGGACAGCUACGUCGGUGACGAGGCUCAGUCAAAGAGAGGUAUUCUCACCCUUAAGUACCCCAUCGAGCACGGUAUAGUCACCAACUGGGACGACAUGGAGAAGAUCUGGCAUCACACCUUCUACAACGAGCUCCGUGUGAAUCCAGAGGAGCACCCCGUCCUCCUGACUGAGGCUCCCCUCAACCCCAAGGUCAAACGUGAAAAGAUGACCAAGAUCAUGUUCGAGACCUUCAACUCUCCAGCUAUGUAUGUGGCCAUCCAGGCUGUUCUGUCUCUUCACGCGUCUGGUCGUGUCACGGGUAUUGUUCUUGACUCUGGUGAUGGUAUCACCCACACUGUUCCCAUCUACGAGGGUUACGCCCUUCCCCACGCCAUAACGAGACUGGAUCUUGCUGGGCGUGACCUCACAGACUACCUCAUUAGGAUCCUGACCGAGCGUGGUUACUCCUUCACCACCACUGCCGAACGAGAAAUCGUCAGGGAUAUCAAAGAAAAAUUAGCUUACGUUGCUUUAGACUUUGAACAGGAAAUGCAGGCAGCUGCCUCUUCCUCUUCAUUGGAGAAGAGCUACGAGCUUCCCGACGGUCAGGUCCUAACCAUUGGCAACGAAAGGUUCCGUUGUCCAGAGGCCCUCUUCAAGCCAUCCUUCUUGGGAAUGGAAUCUGCUGGUAUCCACGAAAGAUCAUAUCAUUCCAUCAUGAAGUGUGAUGUUGAUAUUCGUAAAGACUUGUAUGCCAACAUUGUUCUCUCAGGAGGCAGCACCAUGUUUCCGGGAAUCGCAGACAGAAUGCAGAAUGAGAUCACAGCCCUUCCUGAAAUGACAAUGAAGAUCAAGGUCAUCGCACCCCCAGAGAGGAAAUACUCCGUCUGGAUCGGUGGCUCCAUCCUUGCCUCUCUGUCCACCUUCCAGCAGAUGUGGAUCAGCAAGCAGGAGUAUGAUGAGUCCGGCCCAUCCAUUGUUCACAGGAAGUGUUUUUAGGGACUGAUGUUGCAU